AAUGUCUGUUGUUUCAAAAAACCCGUCUAUGACUACUACGGGCUUCUUGUUAUUCAACCAUGUUGCCUAGCAAAAAAGCCCAAUGCAAAAUUGAUAGAUACGGAUAAUAUGACUUGAUAUCGCCUGCUGUGGUUUCGCUCAAUGUCAGCGUACAAUAAAAGUCAUUGGAGUAGAUUUGGCUGUGAAACUCGCCGAGCGACAGAAGAGCUCUGCAAGCUAAAAGACAAGCUUCUGUCCGUGCUUCUGUUAUCAAAGUAAGACAAAACCAGAGGGCAUAUGACUUAGCCUGCAAAAAAGAUGGGAAUUUCAAUUUCAUCGAAACAACUGGAUUAUGAAAUUAUUGUUAAAACCGGCGACGUGAAAGGAGCAGGGACAGACGCGAAUGUUUACAUUUCACUGAUCGACGAGCAGGGUCGCAAAUCAAGGGAAAUAUCUCUGGACUGUACAUGGAGAGAUGACUUUGAAAAAGGGAACACAGAUUCGUUUAAAGUAAGAAAUGUACCCCAAUUAGGGGAAAUUAAAAAAAUCGAACUGUGGCGUGACAGCAAAGGGCUAAACGAUGAUUGGUUUGUUGAAUGGAUUAAAGUAAGACCAUUAAGAAAGUUGGCUAUGAAAGGAUCGAAUAAUAACAAGGGGAAUAGUAAAAACAAAGCUGCCGAAAAUGAGUUGAAAUACGGUAUCCCCUUCCCAUGCAAUCGAUGGAUAAAAGAACACAUCAAAUUUAUUUUCAAAAAAUAUGAUGCUUGCUUGCCACAAUUUGAUGACUGUAAGCAGCAAAGAAAAGAAGAGCUGGAAAGAAAACGGGAACAAUAUUGUUUCCAGGAAAAGGCUCCUGGUUUGCCGCGACAGGUCAAGAAAUGCCCUCCAGAGGAGAGUUUCAGCAAUGACUACAAGUGGGAUAUUACAGCACGCAAGGUAAAGUUGCUUGCUCAGAGGAAAAUUACAAAAAUGACGUCUUCCUACUGGCAAAAAUUGGAGGAUUUGUGCAAUGUUUACAGAGGUCCAUUUUCAAUUCCUUAUGGUUAUCACAACUGGAAAUCAGACGAACACUUUGGACGCCAGAGACUAAGGGGCGUGACUCCGAAUUUGAUAAAGCUGUGCGCAGAGAUUCCACAAAAACUUGCUGUGACUGAAGAUAUGCUGGAACCAUUCCUCGACGGUUUAAGUCUACAGGAUGCACUCGCGAAGAAAUCUAUCUACAUCGUUGAUUUAAAAGUGCUACAUAACUUGCAGUGUCCCCACAGUAGAGAGAUCUGUGCGCCCAUUGCAUUGUUCCAUGCAAAAAGAGAUGGACGCCUAAUGCCGAUUGCCAUUCAGCUAUUCCAAGAACCAGCCGAAGACAACCCAGUGUUUAUGCCAAAUGACCCGAAAUACACCUGGAUGCUGGCAAAGAUGUAUUAUAACAAUGCCGAUGCCGCUGUGCACCAGGCCUGCACACAUCUCGGUUUUACCCACAUGAUUGGGGAAACAAUCUGUGUGGCAGUCAAUCGAGAACUCUCUCCUUCGCAUCCGGUUUAUCGGUUGCUUGCUCCGCAUUUUCUUUACCUCGUUGCGAUUAACAGUCUGGCCCUCGAAAAGCUUGUUUCACCUGGUGGAUGGAUUGACGUCACAAUGACGAUGGGUGUUAGAGGUCUCUUUGAAAUCUUACGAAACACAUGGAGGGAGUGGGAACUUAAUAGUGAAGGUGAUUUGCCAAAUGAUCUGAAGGACAGAGGGGUUGAUGACACAGAAGCGCUGAUCGAUUACCCUUAUAGAGAUGAUGCUAUUCUUAUUCAUAAAGCCAUCCAUAACUAUGUGAAAGAAGUCAUCACCUUUUAUUACCCGAGAGAUGACAUGCUUGUUACUGAUUAUGAACUUCAGUCUUGGGGAAAAUGUUUGGUUGACAAGGAAAAAGGAUGCUGUGUCAAGGGUGUUCCAGGCAAUGGGAAGUUUGAAAACAAAGAAGACCUUGUCCAGGUUCUGACGUCACUGAUAUUCCUCAGCAGCGUUGGACAUGCCUCUGCUAAUUUUAACCAGUACGACGAGUACGCAUUUCCACCAAAUUACCCGGCAAUUUUACGUGGGAAAAUACCAAGAACCAAGGUACCACUUACCGAAAAAGACAUCAUUGCCCAUUUGCCAAGUAAGGAUACGACAUUGAGCAUAAUGGUUGUCACCAAGAUUUUGAGUGACAGAGGUACUAAUGGCCUAGGUGAUUUCGAGGUGCAGUACCUUUACGAACCAGAAGCAGUUGCUGCUGUUGAAAGAUUUCGCGAAGAGCUGAAGAAAAUCAGCAUGAUAAUAGAAGAACGCAACAAAGCAAGGGCAGUUCCAUACCCAUACUUGGAUCCGAAAGAAGUUCCAAAUGCAAUCAGCAUUUAGUGUAUAUCAGGCCUUUUUGUAUAUGCAGAGAUGUAUUUGUUUACUUGAAUAGAACGUCAGUCUUAGUGACUGGGAUAGCAGGCUAUCCAUGCAAUUUAUUUUACGUUUCCUGGAUUUCUAGAUUCAUCAAAGAUUUUAUAAGCCUCAGAUAAAUUCUUGAUUUGCAUCUUUGUAUUAUUUGGGUAUAGCAAAGAACAAAAUAUUAUAAGAAACAUCGAUUCUUAACGAGAAAGUAUGCAACUUGUGCAUAACAAGCUAUUUCUGUUGAAAACUAUCUUUUUAGAUCGGAUUCUAAAUGAUCCAUGUUUUCAAGAAAUAGCACAAGCUGUAAGAUGCUCUGUCCUUUCCGCUUAUUUUUUCCUGCGCCACUUUUAUGGCAGGCAUUCUAUAAAUGUAUAUAUGGUUAGUGACGUCAUUACUUGUGAUUUAUUCAGAUAUGUUUUAUAGAUGAUUUGUAUUUCAUACAUUAACCUACCCAAGACUAAGUGAUAUUUUUAUCUCUUUAACCAUUUUGGUGUUUAUCGCUAUCUUUUAUAGACAUUUAGAAAUCAGUGGCGUUAAUUUAUUUUUUACAGUAGUUAAUCCAUAACAACAUUUCAGGGUUUGUCGGCUGUAAUUACUGGCAUUAACGAAAAACGUAUUUAUUGUCGUGCAGUAGUUUUGUGAUAGAUGUAAUAUCUGAUGAAUAUUUAGUUGCCUA